AUGGCCGCACAAACAACAGAAUCUGAGCCGAGAGAGCAUACCAUCCCUUUCCCAGAGCCGACUGUAAUACCUCCUCGAAGCAAGCAUACCCAUACCCUCAUACUUCUUCACGGUCGGGGCGGGGUUGGCCGUGUGUUCGGGGCAGAAAUAAUCACAACAGUAUUAUCUGCUCCCAGCUCCGAUAAUACCCUGCCCAAGCGCUUUCCCGGCCUUAAAUUUAUAUUCCCGUCUGCAAAGACGACGCAUUUAGCUCAAUGGGAUCUAUAUCUUCCUCAGUGGUUUGACCGCGGUCCAAUUGGUUCUCCAGCCAAGGAGCAUAAUGACUUGCUUUACGGAGGACUAAGAGAAUCGACAAGGUACCUGCGAACAAUAAUUAACUCCGAAGCGGAACUCGUCGGUGCAAAAAACGUCAUUAUUGGAGGUCUGAGCCAAGGCUGUGCGCAGGCACUUCAUGUUCUACUCAGUUAUGCAAACGAUGAGCAUCUCCCCUUGGGUGGGCUGGUGGGUAUGAGUGGAUGGCUCCCGUUUAAAGAACAAAUCGCCGACUUCAUCCCAAAGGACCAAGAAGAACAAGAAGUAGGGAAUGAAGAAUCAAGGCGUGCGAGAGCCUUGCAAGCCAUGAAUUUUGUUUGCCAGUCAGUUUUAGAUUUACCUCCUAUUACAGCAGAAGCAGCUACAGCUGCUCUAUCUACUCCAAUCUGGCUGGCUCAUGGCAAUAUGGACAAGACCGUCACGCCAAACCUAGGAGAGGCUGCGGCGCAGACGCUUGAAAAGCUUGGUUGGGAUGUAACGUGGAUGCUUUACGAUGAGCUUGAACAUUGGUUCGCUCCGAUGGAGCUAGAAGAUAUGGCUAUUUUCUUGAGUACAAGAGUUGAUAUCCCAGAGUCAGAGCAGUAA